AUGCGCAGCCACUCAUCGCCGACCGUUCUUCUUGAUGAAUCGAUGAUUCCGCUCGUUGGAACACCUCAUCCGAUGGCGUAUAUCCCAAUGGACGAGGUGUUUACAUUUGUCGAUCGUCGUCCAAAUCAAGAACUUCCAGCGAUCACCGAGGAAAUCGAGGUUUUGAAUGUUCCCAUUUGCUACUUUUUGAUCAAACCCUUCGACGUCGACGAUACACGAGAAGUUCAUCUUUUGAGGGCCGUUCGCGAAACUCCUCGACUGGAAAGCUCAUUGAAGGAACUGAAGCCCGUACCCGAACCGACUCGAACGCAGUCAGAGGCGCUGAUCGUGGAUGAAUUGAAGUAUGAUGUUGAAGUCCCGACUGGAAUAUUCCACAGGCGAGCAGUUAGUGACAACAUGGGUGUUCCAUCUGAUCGACGUAUGGAGCUCCAUCGAACGCAAGAAAUCGAGGAGAUCGAUCGCGCUUGUGACGAUGUGGAAGUGCAAAUGCGCUCUCAACGACCUGUUGUUCGUGCGAGUUCCGUCGUAUCGAACAGAUGUCAGAGCCAAGUGAGUUUUUUGUCCGCUUUGAAGGUUUCAGCUACAGAUAAGGAGUUACAUUAG